AUGACAAAAAUCACUUUGGCCUUGCCGUUGGGCUCCCUGAUCCUUGUCACUGGGGCUAACGGAUACAUCGCUAGCCAAGUCAUCAAUGAACUUCUCCGUUCUGGUUAUCGUGUCCGAGGAACUGUGCGUGGUGAAAAGCCGUGGCUGAACCAGUUCUUCGAGGAGACUUAUGGGCGCAAUAAAUUCACUACAUGUAUCCUGCCAGGGUUUCAUGAUGUUGAGUUGAUUAGGCACGCGUUGCAUGGAGUGGAUGGCGUCCUACACCUGGCCGGAGACAUCUCCAUCACAGAGAACCCACAGGACGUCAUUCCGCUCUCCAUUCGCUCAACAGUCAACGUCCUAGAAGCCGCAUAUCUGCAACCCUCCAUCCGACGGGUUAUCAUAGGCUCGUCUUCGAUGGCCGUCUACACAAGUGUGCCCAACCGAGAAGGCGUACAGAUCACUGAACAUUCAUGGAAUGAUGAAGCUGUUCAAGAGGCUUUUGACCAGUCUUUUCCGUCCAACAAUGCGUUGCAGUGGAAGAAAAGACUAGCAACCUAUGCUGCGUGUAAAACGGAGGCAGAAAGAGCCGCGUGGAAUUGGGUUCGAGAGCAUCGACCCCUCUUUGAACUAAAUGUCGUGGUGGCAUCCUUCACAGUUGGGGAGAUCCUCCAUCAAGAGAUUGGUGGCUCCACGAUGAGGUGGGUUAAAGAUCUUCUAGAGGGUAAACAAGAAGUCAUUGCAUUGGUUCCUCCAAAAUGGUUUGUGGAUGUUGAAGAUGUUGCCCGCCUCUACACGAUUGCGGUCAUGGAUCCCUCUGUUCGGAUGGAGAGGGUCUUCGCGUUUGCUGAGCCACACAAUUGGACCGAGAUCCUCCAAUAUCUGCGCUGGCUCCGACCUGACAAUCAGAGCCUUCCAAAAGCCCCAGAGAAUGAAGGUAGGGAUUACGCGGAGAUCCUACCCAGAAAGCGAGCCGAAGAAUUGUUGUUCAGGUGGUAUGAACAGCGCGGCUGGACUCCAAUUCAAACAAGCAUCGCAAGGGCAAUUGGACCGAAAUGA